AUGGGAGCAGUCUAUGGUUAUAAUUGCAGUGGCGACUAUGACAGCCUUCUUUUCGCUCUUCGCGCAAUGUCUGAAAGAGAAAAACGUCAAGUUACUGAACAGGUUCAACGCCUAGUUGGGUCAGCUUCUGUGGAGGAGCUAUUGCGAUACAUAACAACAGAAGCUCAUAGGGAAAUUCUUCUCGGUGUAAUAGCAGAUUUCAUACGCCAGAAGUCGAGCUCUUAA